AUGAGGACGCCCUCUCGAAAUAUAAACAUCUUUGAAAUUGGUUUAAAAGCCAAAACUGGGCAUACCCCUUUCGAAGCCGCAUCAUGGGACUCCUCCAUUUCGUACGUUCCUCCCAGCCUCACCUUCAUUGAGCCACAUUGCCUCAUUGAUUACGGCUGUACCCAACAAUCCAGGAGCGUGAACCAGGAGCCAAAAUGUCAUAAGCAUGUGAUCCACGCCGACUUCUCCCCAACUUACGCUCAAAAUGGAAUACGCAAAAACCUUCCCGACAAGGAGAACACUUGGGAAGAAAGGGAAGUGACCGCCAUCCUUCGUUCAUCAGCCACGGAAAAUGCCCAACUUCUUUCUAAGAUAGGAGCGCAGAGUUUUGCGCUUCAUCUUCAAGUGCUUUGCAAGACUUCGGCACUUCCGUUUCGGGUUUCGAUCGAGAAGCUGUUUGACACGCUUUCGAAGAGCAGGAUCCUUGAAGACACUGGGACGGCCACUUCGGAGUCGAUCCUGAGUUGUACCGAGUUCCUUGUAGCGGGCAAUGGCUUUGUACACAGUGGAUCGUGGCAGUUUCAGCUCCUUGAUGAUCUUUGCAGGUGGACUGGGACGGACACGCACAGACAACGACAAAUGCCACAAGCGGCCAACAGAUAUGAAAAGGGGAAAGGGGUUCUAGAUCGAACAUCCCUGACGGCAUUGCCACACCUACCAACGCUCUCUAUCAACGUGUAUCCCGUUUUCACGGGUCUGGGGCAGGUGACGGCAACUUCGAUGCCGCUUAGGGCUGAAUGUCUUAUAUCAUUGCACAUCGGGCCACCAGGGCCGAUAGGUCGGGUGCUAUUGAGGCGCACCAAACCCCUACCACUCACACAAUGGAGCACAGAGUGGCCCAUGCUUGAACCCAAGGGAGAUAAGGUAGUACCCGAAAGCAGCCGG